UAGGUGUGAAUGGCCCAUUUUUUUUUCUUUUUUCUUUUUAGGGACUUAAAAAAAAAGACCUCGGGGUGUCACAAAUUUCGAUCACACAAGGAAAUGAAAUAAUUUAGUUGCCUUGGGAAACUAUGAAAUUCAUGCCAGCUUUUCAGGCGUCCCAAGAUUCAGGUUGCUUUACAGGUAUAACUAAAUUGGUGGCAAAGUUAAGCAAUGAGUCAAACUCAUGCUAAAAUAUCCUAGGUCUAUUUUACUUUAAAGCAUUUUAAGCAUGCUUUACUUUGGAAGGCAUCACAAACAGCAACAUGCCAUCUUCCAGAAACAGUCUUAUAUGGGAACUACUAUAAGGACACAACCAUGAGCCACUAUCACACUGCUCAGAGCUCUCGAGAAUAUUCUGGAAGCAUCACCGUGAACGGCUGCUUCUCCGCAGGGGCGAGAAAUGAAAUUCAGCAGCAGCUUUUGGUAGGAGAAGCACGGUUUUUAUCUUAGAAAGCUUUUCUACUGGAAUGGGUUUACUGAGAGCUACAUUCCUCUGGAGUUUUAAAUCUGUGGACCGUUGAACAUUACUCCGCCUCUUUUGAAGUUACAAAAUACUUUGUUUCUGGGGUAAUAAGAAUAGAAAUUUCAGAAAAUUAAAUGCCUACAACUUCAGAUAACCCAGAUGACAUACAUGCAACAGCGUUCCACAUAGAAUUUAUUCAACCCAACCCCUUGCAUCUGAUUAAUCAAGGCACAGAAACUCCAAAUUUUGCACCAUCCCCCCUCCCAAAGUUGAGAAAAUGCAAGGGGUCUCGCUGCAGUUCCUGGGAUGUAUGGAGAACAACUUUGUUACAAGUGUAUCCAAUGUCCCCAGCACCAGGGACUUCUGGGGCUCUGCUCUUCCCGCUUCACUUGCUCCGCAGCUUCUAGAGGUGGCGGUUGUUUUCAUGAAGGCAGACCUUGCCAAGCUGGCCGACAAGAUGCUGCGCACCCCUAAAUGCUCGCGGUGCCGGAACCAUGGCUUCCUGGUGGCAGUCAAGGGCCAUGCGGGCAACUGUCGCUGGAAGCAGUGCACUUGUGACAAGUGCUACCUUAUCACUGAACGCCAGAAGAUCAUGGCCGCACAGAAAAUGCUCAGGAAGCAGGCCUCCGACGAGGAUCAGGAGCUAGCCUCCCGGGCCGAAGCUGUGGCCCCAGCGUCCAGCCUCCGCCCGCUUCCUCCGCCGGCCAGUUCUGGAGACCUGGAGCCGGGCCCUGAGGACCGCGCGGCCACCUACUUGCAGGAGAGACCACCGCACGGCCCAAGCCCUGGCCCCAGCGCCUUCCAGCCAGUUCUGGCCGGCGGCGGCCACACCGGUGCAGGCGAGCAAGCUGCUGUGGCCAUUCCGGGUUUCGUGGGGCCCCAGGUCGGGGCGGAGGCCACCAGCACGGGAGGUUCUGGCCACAUGGAAACACGUAGACCACUGCGGCCCAUUCCCGGCUCGUCAUUCGCCUUUGGUAAGACUCCCAGGCUCCAUGCAGCCUUCCUCUGCCAUUGGUUCCUCUCCAGGCUGCAGCCUCCCCGAACCCCAUGUUGGCGUCCCCGGAUGGGACUUUGGGGAGGGGGUGGGGAAAAUGCUUUCCGAAGUAAACUUGCUUUAAGAAAACUUUCUCUGAAUACGGAUUUGGGGGGAUUGGCCCGCGUGCACCCUCUCUUUGUGUUUUUCAUGCUGCCCUCAUUGCUUGCCUUCGUAGGGCUCUCUUUGAACAUCCACUCAGAUUCUGUGGUGGGGUCUGAGUACCUGGAGAGAGAUCCGUCCAAGCUGUAUCCCAGCUGCUCCAGCAUGUACCCCUAUCACCCAUUCCCGCUGGGCUACCAGGAUGUGUCCCCAGGCUUGGGGAUCCCUCUGCAGCAGGGCUUCCGGCACGUGUCCUACAGCCCCUACCACGGAGGAGGCUCGGUAUCGGAGCCAGGGGAAGACUUCCAGCCAAGCUACCCCACACCGCCCACCCUGCUGCCGCCGCCCACCCUGCUGCCACCACCACCACCGCUGUCGCCGCAGCCCCAGUUCCUCCCACCAGGCUUCCUCUCUGCGAUCCACUUCCUGCCGCCGCUGCCGCCGCCGCCACCACCAGCAUCCUUCUCACUGCCCAUGCAUUCUGAUACAGACCAGGAGACCGCUGAUGACCAGGAUGCAGAGGCGCCACGUGAGCCCGGCCAGCCUGCGUCUCAGGAGCAGUCCGACUAGGCCCGGGCCCUGGGCCUGCAGAGCGGGGCAGUGGGGGUGUGGCUGCCGAGGUGUUCUUGUCGUGUUCAGUGCUGUGCAGGGAGGGAGAGUAGUGAUAGACAUAAGAUAGAGUUAAUUCCCACUUCAAGAUAGGAGGAAUGAGGGUGGUUUCUAAGUUUCUCUAAAUCCUGAGAUGUGAGCUUGUACAGGAGAAGGGAGGAGGAAGUUCCCGGGGGAGGACCAGGGCUGCGAGAAGGGGGGCUGGUGGGAACUCACGUUUAGGAAUGAAUUUAACCAUCUCUGGGCUAUGCUGCCCUUGAUGAGACUCCCCCUUGGAGGCGUCCUUUGAUUUCCUCAGGCCCGCCCCCGACAGGAGGCGCCAUGCAUUUCGGCCUUCUGCCUUGGCCUGUCCCCAGCCGGGGGCAGCACGAACACCAGGCUUCCGGAGCGUCCAGGGGGGUGGUGCGAGCAGCCAGGACCAGGGCACUGACAGCAGGUUCUGGAAUGUCCUCCUUCGCUGCUCUGCCCCCCUGUGGCUGACCUAGCCACUGCCCCUUGCCCCUUCUCCAUGGGGCCCUGCCAGUAAGCAUUGUGACCACUGGGGCCGCUUCUCCUCCCCUCCAUAAAGUUUAAGCCACUUAUAGGCUUCAUUUGUAGUUUUUAAAAAAUCUAUUACAGUUUUAUUAUUUAGUGUUUUUAUAGUGCUUGCCAACUUAAAAAAGUGGGCCGUUUAUAAGCACUUAUGCUGUUCUCAGAGAAUGGAAUGGUGCUUCCAAAGUGCCUACGACAUCAGCAAUUUCUUCUCUGGGGACAGGUUGACUGUUGAAAUAAAAUGAGCAUGGAAAUCCCUGUGGAAGGCGUAUUCUGUCUAAACCCUUGUGGAAGGCAGUGUCGGGUGGAGAGGUUGGGGGCCUGCCGCCUGCGUCCAGUGUGU